AUGAGCUGCUAAGUUAAACUAUUUGAAAUUAAUUAAGUUUUAUCUAAACAAAAUAAAAUAUAAUCAAUAUCUUAAGGAGAAUCUUAAUUAUUUAUAGGCUAUUAAAAUUCUACAAUAGACAGUUACAAUAUUUUAUAAUAAUAAAAUUAUUAAUUAAAGCUUUAAAAAUAAUUUCCUUAAUAGAAAUAAGGAGGCCUUUUUACAAAAUCUUAUUUAGAAUAAAUAAAAGAAUUUAAUGGUAAUGUAAUUGCAAUAAUAGAUGGAGCUCUAUUAUAUUAUAAUGGACAAACAUUAGAAAAAAUAGACACUUUAAUAGAAAAAUAGUGCGUAAAUUUCACAAUAAAUGAAUUUAUUCCACAUAAAGUAUUAGCUAUAACAAAAAAAAAAGAAGCACUAGUACUUGAUUUUGAUUAAAAAACUUUUAGUUUUAAAGGAAUAAAAGAAAGAAUAAAUUUAACUGAAAUUCCUUUGAUAUUUGGUUUCGUUUCUGACUAUAUUAUCAUGGUGAAUUCUAAGAAAGAAUACAUGUAUUCAUCUUUAUCAAAGAAUUAAGAGUUUAAAACAUAUAACAUACCAAAAAACGAAAUAUAGCCAUUUUUUAAAAUUAUAAGUGAAAACGAAAUUUUUUUACUAAUUUCAAACAACACAGGAAUAUUUGUUACAUUACAAGGUGAGCUUAUUCCUAAAAGUACAAUAUAAUUAAAUAAUAAACCGAUUUUUCAAAUAAAUAUAAUUGAAAACUAUCUCUUAGCAUUUUAUGAAUAAAAUCUUAUUUAAAUAUUUAAUUAUUGCGAACCAGCGCUUAUAUAAGAGAUUCAGUUUGAUCUAGAAGGUACAAUAAAAUCAAUAAGUUAAAGUAAUUCAAAAAUAUCAAAUUAAGUGAUUUAUAUUGCAUCUUUAUCAGAAAUAAAGUGUAUAUAUACCCUUGCCUUUGAUGAUUAAAUACAAAAACUUUUAUUGGAAUGUAAAAUAGAAGACGCUUUAUGCUUAUUUGAAUAGCAUUAUUAUAAAAUAACACCAGAAAAAUAAAGAAAACAAAAUGAAUUAUAUAUAAAUGCAAGUUGGUUUUGUAUAUAUUAUGGAAAGUUUUAAGAAGCUUAAAAAUAUUUAGAAAAUGUACAAAAGAAUAUUUUAUUUGAUGUACGUUAGUAUAUUGAAAUAUUAAAUACAGAACAAGAUAUGUAAAUAUUAAUAGAUAAGAUAAAUGAAAAUAAAAAAAAAUCAAAAGAAAAUACUCUACAAAAUAAUUAGGCAAAGAAUUAAAUUUUAUAAUUUCUAAUUUUUAUCUGCAAAUCUGAAAGAGAUUAUUAUCUUAAAUAUCUUCAUGAAUAAAAUAAAACUUUCGAGUUUUUUAUAUCACCUCAUACAUUUAAAAAUUAUAUCCCAAAUAUGUCUUAAAAUAAUUCAAAAUAAAUCCUUUAAGUAAUUGAUUUUAACCUUCUCAAAUAUAUAUUUAUGUCUGAAAAUAUUCGAUAUGAACUUGAAUAUUUAUUAAGUUAAAAUAAUUUAUAAAUUUCCCCUGAAUAAUAAUAAAAAUAAUUCAUUGAAUUAAUCUAACUCGCUUAAGAUAAACUUCAAUAGAGUCUCCCUUUAUUAUCAAAGUUUUAUGAAUAUUUUUCUAAAUAUAUUGAUGCAUUAAAUAUGUGGAAAGAAAAAGCUGAAAAAAACGAAAAAAAUCAAAAUUUAAUUAAACAAGCUAUUGAAAAUACUAUCAGAAUUCUAAAAGAAACAAAAAAAGAGGCUUUUAUAAUUUAAUAUUUGCCUUGGGUUUUACAAUAAGAUUUGAAAAAAGCUUAUUAAGUAUUUACAAUAAUGGAUCCAGAAUAAUUUUAUCCUUCAUUAAUUUUAAGAUUUUUAGAUGAAGUUCCAAAUAUAGAUUAGGAAGAGGUAAAGUGUGAAUAUUUGUAAACUAUAUUAAUGAACUUUAAAUACAAUGAUCAAUCUUUACAUAAUAAGCUUUGCGAAUACUUUAUAAACUAGCUAUUUUAAUAAUUUGAUAAAACCUAUUGUUUUCAAGAUGUUCGAGAUUCGGUUCGAUCUCUUUAACAGAUAGACAAAUAUUAUGAGCUUUUAUCCUUUCUAUAAAAUUCUAACUCCUAAUAUGAUGCUGAAUAGAUUCUUUCGCUGAUAAAAGAUUCAUGGUUGCACUAACAUUAAAUAUAUAUUCUUUCUAAACUAGAAAAGCAUGAAAUUGCUUUACAAAAGCUUAUCCUCCUUGAAAAUUUCGAAGAAGCAAGAUCAUACUGCUUAAAUGAUAGUAAAAAGCUUAUCCCUAUAUUAUUCAAAACAUAUUUGAAAAUACAACAAGAAGAAAAAGCUUCGUCUGAAAAAAGGAAUCUUUAUUCUUAAAAAGCUCUUGAAGUUCUAUAAUAAUUCUCUGAAUUUGAGGAAGUUAACCCUGUUGAUAUUGUUGAUUUAAUACCAAAUGAUUGGAAUUUUUCUGAUAGCUAAAAUAAUAUUUUAGCUAUAUUUUUAUAAUAAGCUUUGUCAGAAACUUUGCAUAAAAAAAGGUAAGUUAAGUGUACCAAAAAUGCUUCAGAAGUAUCUCUACUUGAUAAUACUUUGAAAGUUGUUCAUGCUAAAAAAGCUUAUAUUACUUUCUAUAAUGAUAGAAAAUGUGCUGUCUGCAAUAAAGGUAUUCUAAAUACUAUUUUUGGGCUUUUUCCUAAUGGUGUAGUUGCCCAUUAAAGUUGCAUUAGCAAAAAUAUUAAUAUUUGUCCUUAAACUUAAUAAGACUUUAAGAAAACAUUUAAAUAUGUUUGACAAAAAAACAAAUAAGAACAAAAUUUAUUUUAUUAUACACAAAUAUAAUCAUUUUUAUUUUUAUGUUAAAUGUUUUCAAAAUAAAUUUAAAUAAAAUAAAAAAUAACGGAUUACGAUACAAAUUAUAAUAUAUAAACCAGAAUUGUUAUCUCAUUGUAUUUUUAUCUUAAAAAAAAUGUCAAAAUUUGUGUAAGUAAAAAAGUAUAAACAUGUGGAUAUUUUGCAACCUUCUUUAGCCUUACUUAAAACUAACUUUUUUUUAUAUUUUUUGAAUAAAAAAAAUAGAGUUACAUAGAGGCUUUUAAAUUUAUGAGAUUCAUAUUAUUUUUUUAUUUAAAUACAAAAAUGAUAAACAAAUUUUAUGAAAUGAAAACAU